AUGGGCGCGGCACGGCGCGCUCUACCCACGCGCCUCCUCUGCCGAAGCUGCCUCAAACACCAGCAACGCCGAUUCGCAAGCUCGGCCGCGCCCCCGAAACCGCCGCCUUCCGGCCUCGCUGCCCUCCCGUCUCGACAGCUCCUCUCUGUAUCCGGGCCCGAAGCUACAAAGUUCCUGCAGGGAAUAAUCACGGCCAACAUGGCCAACGCCGAGGGCCUGCCGCGCAGAGAUGCGUUCUACUCGGGGUUCCUGAACGCCACGGGCCGCGUGGUCCACGACAUCUUCAUAUACCCCUUCCGGCAGGCCAAGCAAGACGACGGCUACCUGAUCGAGGCAGACGCAGGCGAGAUGGCCAGGUUCGCCAAACUCAUCAAGCGGUACAAGCUACGUGCAAAGGUCACGGUGCGCAACGUCCCGCCGGACGAGGCGUCUGUUUGGCAGGCCUGGGACGACGCCUCGCCGCUGGACAUUGCAGCCAGCGAGUCCCGGGUGGUGUUGAAGGACCCCAGGGCUCCUGGGCUGGGGCACCGCAUCGUCCAGCUGAACCACAAGGCGCCCGAGCUCGACGUGGACGCUUCUACGGAGGAUGCGUACACGAUCCGGCGCUAUCUGCAGGGCGUCGCCGAGGGCCAGGACGAGAUUCUCCGCGAGCAGGCGCUGCCGCUGGAGAGCAACAUGGAACUGAUGAAUGGGAUAGACUUCCACAAGGGCUGCUACGUCGGGCAGGAGCUCACGAUCCGGACGAGGCACCGCGGCGUGGUGCGGAAGCGCAUCCUGCCGUGCGCGAUUUACAGCGAGGACAAGGCGCCGCCGCAGACGCUCUCGUAUGAUCCCGAGUGCGCUUCCCCGGAGAGCCUGACGGCGGACAUGAUCCCCGCCGAGACGAGCAUUGGGCGGUUCGGCAAGAAGGGACGCAGCGCGGGCAAGUGGUUGAAGGGCGUGGGCAACAUUGGGCUGGGACUGUGCCGGCUCGAGAUCAUGACGGACGUUGUCCUACCCGGGGAGCAGGCUGCGGCCACGUAUAAGCCGGGAAAUGAGUUUGUACUCGAAUGGGGCGACGAGGACAACAAAAGCGACGUCAAGGUGAAGGCGUUUGUGCCGAAGUGGCUGCGCGAGGGAUUGAGCGCGCAGCAGGGCUGA